AUGGGCAGAAAACCAAAUGCCAGCAACGACGACAAAGAAAUAUGCUCUUACAAAGGUCUCGACGUACAGGUUGAAGCAGAGAAAACCGUGGACUCGAUGAAGAUUGACCUUUUUGUGAUUCUCCCAAAAUUGGAGAAUAAAUUGAAUCUGAUUUGUAAAAGACAUUGGCAACUGGUUUGUUGCAUUUGUUUGUGGCAACUAAUAUGUGCAGGGCAUUUUUUGGAUGAAUUGGUUUUGGAGUUUUAUAAAUCUGGUUCAGGUUGUAUAACACAUGGAAAGCUUGGAGAAAUACUUGGGAUGGGAAGAAAGGUCAACUCAAAUCAGAGUCAUGGAGAUUAUUUGAAUCAAAGAUAA